AUAAAAUAAAUAAGAGAAUGGGUAAAGAGUAUCUAAAGUUACUUAUCCUUCUACUUGGUUUGAUUCACCAUGUUUAUUCAGCCUCUAUCAUUAGGUAUCUUCCUGGUUUUGAAGGUCCUCUUCCUUUCGAGCUCGAAACCGGUUACAUUGGUGUUGGUGAGGCAGAGGAAGUUCAAUUAUUCUAUUACUUCAUCAAAUCUGAGAGGAAUCCAAACGAAGACCCUCUUCUUCUCUGGUUAAGUGGAGGACCUGGUUGCUCUUCUUUAUUUGGUCUUAUUUUUGAAAAUGGGCCUGUGACUAUCAAGAUUGAUGGGUACAAUGGAGGCAUCCCUUCCUUGGUCUCUACUCCAUAUUCAUGGACAAAGGUGGCCAACAUAAUAUAUUUAGAUCAGCCUGUUGGGACUGGCUUCUCCUACUCAACAACUCCACUUGUUGAUAUACCAAGUGACACAGGAGAAGCUAAGCGUGUCCAUGAGUUUCUUCAUAAGUGGAUAGGCAACCAUCCAGAUUUUGUUUCUAAUCCUUUCUAUGUCACUGGAAAUUCUUAUGCUGGUAAGGUUGUUCCUGCAAUUGUUCAAGAAAUCUCAAAAGGAAAUUAUAUAUGCUGCAAACCUCAGAUUAAUCUUCAGGGUUAUGUGCUAGGAAAUCCGGGAACAGACGUUGAUAUCGAUCCUAAUUACCGCGUUCCAUUUGCUCAUGGAAUGGCAUUAAUAUGUGAUGAACUCUACGAGCUAAUUUCUGGAAUAAAUAUGGAAUCUAUACUAUCACCAAGCUGCGAGGAUACAUCUCCUGAUUGCUAUGACUAUGGAUAUUCGCUAGCUUCGUACUGGGCCAAUGACAAAAGCGUUCGCAAAGUUCUUCAAGUGAAGAAUGUAUAAAUAAAAUUAUAUAUAUGUAAGUUAAUGUAUUAUGAAAAUAUUGAUAAAGAAUGAUGGUAGGU